CGCAUUCUGUUGCAUUGGUUCAAGUAUGGCGGCCUCAGGACGAUCGCUGUGGCGUCUGCUUUCGACCGUUAGACCAAACUCAGUCCAGGGAAAUAUUUGUCCUCGACUGUUGUCCUCCGCAACAGCAGAGCUCAAAUCUGAAAAUGCAAAGACAAAGGGUCGUAUAGAAACUGCUCAGGCAGGAAACCAUGAUGGACAUUGGCAUCAGAAGAAUUUUUUCCGAAGAUCAUGACAUGUUUCGUCAAACUGCCCGCAGGUUCUUCCAAGAGGAGGUUGUACCUUUUCAUGCAGAGUGGGAAAAAAAUGGACAAGUUAGCAAAGAGGUAUGGGAGAAAGCAGGUACCACAGGUCUCCUAGGUGUCAACACACCUGAAGAAUUUGGUGGCUUAGGGGGGGACUACCUCAUGGCCAACAUUGUACAAGAAGAACAGGCUUAUGUUAACUGCACUGGCCCAGGGUUUGCUUUGCACUCAGACAUUGUGAUGCCUUAUAUUACUCACAUUGGCACAAAGGAACAGAUAGAAAAAUUCAUUCCUAGAAUGACUGCAGGCACAUGCAUUGGUGCAAUAGCCAUGACUGAGCCAGGCGCUGGCAGUGACCUGCAAGGUAUUCGGACAAAUGCACGGCGGGAUGGAGAUGACUGGAUCUUGAAUGGAAGUAAGGUUUUCAUCACCAAUGGUUACAUGUCAGGGGUGGUCAUUGUUGUUGCAAUAACCAACCCUGAUGCCAAGACCGCAGCACAUGGCAUAAGUCUGUUUCUAGUGGAAGAAGGCAUGCCUGGCUUCAAGAAAGGGAAAAAGCUACAAAAAGUUGGCUUGAAGGCUCAGGAUACUUCAGAAUUGUUCUUUGAAGAUGUGCGCCUGCCAAAAAGCGCUCUCUUGGGAGAAGUUAACAAAGGCUUCUACUAUUUAAUGCAAGAAUUGCCACAGGAGCGCCUCUUAAUUGCUUCCCUUGGCCUUUCGGCCUGUGAGUGGAUGUUUGAAGAAACACGCAACUACAUCAGACAGCGAAAGGCAUUUGGAAAAACCCUGUCAAAAUUACAGACUGUCCAGCACAAAAUGGCAGAGAUGAAGACAGAGAUUUGCAUUACAAGGGCCUUUGUUGACCAGUGCUUGGAGAUUCACAAUAAUCGGGGUCUGGAUUCUAGCUCAGCCUCCAUGGCAAAGUACUGGGCAUCAGAUCUGCAGAAUCGUAUUGCCACACAGUGUCUGCAGCUUCAUGGAGGCUGGGGAUACAUGCUGGAGUAUCCUAUUGCGCGUGCUUUUCUGGAUGCUCGCGUGCAACCAAUCUAUGGUGGCAGUAAUGAAAUCAUGAAGGAAUUGAUUGCUAGAAAUGUUGUUGCUGACAAGUGAAGUUUUCGGAAUUUUCGAGUGCACAUCCCUGUUGGAAAUGACCAGAAGUGUUUGACAUGUCAGGAACAAAAUGUUCUGUAAAGCAUUAUGUGAAAUACAUAAUUGCAUAUGCCUGCAUACAAUCUACUUACUGUGCCAGUUAUGAAAUCAUGAAAUAAUUGAAUGCAAAAGGAAAUAAUUAUUUUUGACUUCAAAAAUUAAAGACCUUUUGUUGUUGCUAUGAUUACAGGUUAAAAUUCUGCUUAAAGCCAGAUUCUAGUAAGAACUGCAGAUGAGUCGGAAUUCAUGACAUUACAAUGAAAAUGUUUGUUUUGUGUGCAGGUUGCAUAGGUAUUACAAGGUUACUGUCUCAAAAUUAGAUAUAAGUUUGACAGGACUGAUUCUUUUGAAUUCUGUGUAUUGUAAUUUUGACUUAACUUUGCAUACUGUAAACUAGCUGUCAAAUUAUGUUACUUAUGUAAACUUCAUUUUAUUUUGUUGACAGAAGAAAAUUACAGAAAAAAUCUAAAGGUUUUCUUUCUAGACACUAUACUUUUCUUCUACAUUUUAUCCUUGUUUUGCCUUUUUAUAUCAACUGAUUCUUUGUGAUUUGGAAACAGAAGUGCUUAUCAGGUGAAGGAGUAGGUAAAGUAUAAUGUGAUGCCUGAACAUUUGCUAUUUACAUAUUACACAGUAGGAAAAAUAUUGCAAAAACAAAUAUUGGGGUCAAAUAUAAUAAAAUGUAUCACUUUUUAAGUCAUGCUGAAAGGAUAUGAUUUUUUGGCUUAUGUUGACUACAUGUUCUUUAGAUAAUGACAUUUAAUAAUGUAUUCUUUGCUUUGUAUUUUCUCUAGUGUUUUGGCAUUCCUUUCGCUGUCUGCAUGGCAGUAUAUUAGAGAAGGACUGUGCUGUUUAAGAUUCUGACUUUGCUAAAGAAUGACAAAAAUGAAUCAGUGAAUGAGUGGGAGAGCAGGUGGGUGUGUGGGUGGGGUUGCCUAUGGCUGCAUGCCUUCCAUGUGCUAUAUGUAUAUUUUCUAUCUUGAUUGUGUUAACAUAAGCAACAAACAUUAUUGUAGCUAAUAUAUUUGAAAAACAUGACCAGAUCAACAUUUUUUUUUGAGGGUUAAUUGCAGCAAAAUACUUGUUAUUUGUAGGUAAUGAAUAUAUACCAGGAACUAUUUUUUUCUUCCUGGCCAAUUGGUCUAGUUUUAAUAUUUAAUGCAAUAUCUCUGAGACUGUGAUUUCUUUGGGUUUUUUUUUUCUUUUUGUAUGUUAUAUAAAAUAAAGUAGAUUUAAAAUGAAA